CAGAUAUGUGAACUACAAGAUCCUGUAAAAUCAAUAAUCAAGAGAACUUUCUGGAAUUCGGAUCGAGUAGACUAUGUUGGUGACAGAGCGGUUUGCAAAUUACAGGCUUUAAGUGGUGCGCCGCGUUAACAACUGUUGCAAUGACGUCAUCGUGACUUGUGCCACGGAGAUGCAGGCCAGACGGGCCUCCUGAGUGGCAGAUACUGACGUCAUGGCUGGACUGCUGGUGUUCGCCCUGUUACUUGUCAACGGGUUGCGUCAUAGCGUCGCUAACUCAGGGGAGUGCAAAGCUCCUCUAGGCAUGGAGGAGGGUCGCAUUCCGGACUCUGCCAUAUCUGCAUCCUCAUCUUACGAGGUUAAAUCUGUGGGACCACAAAAUGCAAGGAUACGACAAGAACUAAACGGAGGUGCGUGGUGUCCCAAAGCACAAAUAAGCAGUGAGAUAAGGGAGUUUCUGGAGGUAGACCUUCUGAAGAACCACCUGGUGACGUGGACGGAGACGCAGGGCAGGUUCGGGAACGGGCAAGGGCAAGAGUACACUGAAGCUUACUUGGUCGAGUACUGGAGAGAUUCUCUCAGCGAAUGGGUCGUCUACAAGAAUGCAAGGGGAGAGAAGGUUUUGGCAGGCAAUAGCAACACAUAUUUAGUAGUGAAGCAGGAACUGGAGCUGCCUUUCGUGGCGAGUAAAGUUCGCUUCAUCCCCUACAGCGAGCACCCCCGCACAGUCUGCAUGAGGGUAGAGCUGUACGGUUGCCCCUGGGAACAGAGUGUGAUAAGCUACACGGCACCAAAAGGAGACUCGGAGUUCGAGGACACCAGCUACGACGGGUUCCUGGACGGGGUGAUUAUGCGGGGCGGUCUGGGACAGCUGGUGGACGGUCUCUUGGGCUCUGAGGAUUUCUUAGACGAACCCUCAGGUAGCAGAUGGGUCGGUUGGCUGAACGACUCCCAGGACAGUGAGCCCUUGGAAAUAAUUUUCGAAUUCGACGGCGUCCGAGAGUUCUCCGCCAUGCAUUUACAUACGAGCCACGUCGUCACCAGGGAUGUCCAGGUGUUCUCUGAAGCCAUGGUAUAUCUGAGCCUCGACGGAGAACGGUACCAAGCCACCCCUGUCAAAUUCCACCCCGUCGUAGAACGGCCACGGGACUUCACUGCUAACGUCACCAUCCCCCUCCACAACAGGAUCGGGCGGUUCGUCAAAGUUCAACUGAGAUUCUCCUCCAGAUGGAUUUUACUGAGCGAAGUUUCUUUUGACUCGGCUUUUAUCCUGGGUAACGUGACGGAGGAGUCCUUGGAGCAGUUCUAUCUCCAGCAGCAGGACAGCGGCCUGGAUGUGAACCCACGGACUGGAGGAGAGACCACGCACGCCAGGAAGGAAGUCACUCCAGGGAACCCUGUAGUUCUGCGAUGUGAUCGGCGUGCUGACUUACACGGCAUUGCAGACGCGGUGACAGGUGGUGGCGUUGCCUUGUAUAUUAAGGAGGGAAUCUCCUUCGAGCAGCACACACUUACUGAGGAUGUGGGCCCUGGUAUCGAGUCUCUUUUGUGUUGUCCUGAGGAUAAGGGGAGUAAGGCUUGGUUUAUGUGUGGUAUACAGGCCACCACAUGUAAGGUACACCUCACUGUCAGCUUUGUUUCACUCUAUCUUUGUUAA